UGCACCAUUUUAGCUCAACAUUUUAAUUUGGUGUCCAUCUAGAAAGGAUGAAUCAGGACAGCAGCCCAAGUGACCACACUGAUGGCCAGGACUCACUUCUAUUGCUGAAAACCCUUCAGUCCCUCUGGACAAAGAAAGAGAUGAACAAGCUCAAGGAAGAAACCAGGCAGGGUUUUGCAGCUCUGGAAGACCCAUUGGCUGGACUCCUGGACAUGCUGGAGAGCAGCAGUGACUGGAAGGGGAAAGGGCACUCCCUGGGGUAUUACAUCACCAAUGAGUUGCAACUUUGGAUAAAGGAACAUCCUGCUGUUCAGAAGUCUGACUUGAGACUGAAGAAGCUCCAGACCCGAGUGUUCAGAAUACUAGCCCAGAGCCAAGUUAAUCUCCUUGACCCGCUGAUCAGCAUAUUUCAGCUACAUACAGCAGACCAGAACAGUUUGCUUGGACAUGUCAGUCACAUUUACCACAAGGGCAAGUAUAAAGAGGCAGCCAUUCUGAGUAUAAAGCUAAAAUUACAGCUGGAUCUAGAUGUGGAGAAGAUGUGCACUCCAUUGCUACUUCAAGAGAAGACUAACCUAGUGGAGGCUUAUGUGGCAGAAUAUCCUGAUCUCCAGCGCAAACUCUUGCAGACCCUGGAUAUGUGGUGUGAACCUAGUUUUAAUACCACAGACAUCUCAAGGCAGUAUCAAGGUUUACGACCUAACAAACUCAACCAUAAAAUGUUAAGCAAACUGGUCUUCAGGCUCCUAGAACAAUAUAACCUAGAUCCAGCUCUCUGUCCGAAUGUCAUAAAUCAGCGACACCUAGGAUCUCUGAAAUAUCUCUUCUACAAGAGGUUUGUUGAGAAAACCAUGACUCAGGAGAAUUGGGCCGAUCAUGUUCAGAACACAGUUGGGGAGAAUCGAUGGCUACAAGAGCAGCUGAUCCAAUUGCUAGUCAGCUACUGUGAUCUGAACACAGCAGCCAGGUGGGCUCUCCGCUAUAGCUUAUCUGAGAAGACCCUGCCUUAUGGAGUGGCCAAUGAACUUCAGAAACUCAAGGUUCAGGAGAGGGUAGAAGAUGCUGAGAGCAGAGUGGAUGACUAUGAAGAGGAUAGGAAGGAGGGUUAUUACCAGCUCCCCAUUCCUAGGGAGAACAUUCACUUUCUGCAGAUGUGGGAAGAGAUGCUGAGGUGGAGGGAGAAGAUGCUGCAGCCUGGCCAGGUUGUUGGCAUCGACAUGGAGUGGAGGCCAUCAUUCGGUGUGGUUGGAAGGCCACGCGUCUCAGUGCUGCAGAUUGCUAUCGAGGAGCAGGUGUUCCUCCUGGAUUUGCUGCAGCUCCUCAAGCCAGAUGAGACGGAGGAGCUUUCUCACUUUGUCCAGACCCUCUUCUCAGAUCCAACCAUCAUUAAACUAGGUUAUGGGAUGUCCGGAGACCUGCACAGCCUAGCUGCUACGUGCUCUGCUUUUAAAGAAAUGGAUAAGCAGGUGCAAGGCAUAGUGGACCUGCUUGCAGUACAUAAACAAUUACAGAAAUGCUGGAGGAAGAGCAGCCUUCAAGUUGAUGUACUGUCACAGGAGAAGACCUGUGGAGACAGAGGGUUCAGGCAGCCUGAAAGAGGGCUCAGUCUGCUGGUGCAGCAUGUCCUGGGGAAACCUCUUGAUAAAACUGAGCAGCUCUCCAACUGGGAGAAACGGCCGCUGCGGGAGGAACAAAUCCUCUAUGCAGCUUCUGAUGCGUACUGCUUGCUGGAGGUGUAUAAGAAACUGUGUGAGGAUCCAUCAGGCUUUGGCCUGUGUUCAGAUCUCACUGAGAGCCUGGUGGGUAAACCUACCACAAAAUCCAGGGCAAAGAAGCAGCUGAUUCAACAAGAAAUGCCAUCACCUUCUGAGCAGCAAGCCAAAGUGAUAGGCAUGGAGGCCUUGAGCCCCCCGCCUUCCAUCUCCCCGAAGGAGUUCAGCGUGGUCUGUGAUAACAUGCUGCAGGGACUUGGGCGCCACCUUCGCUGCCUUGGAGUGGACGUCCGCAUGCUAGAGAAUGAUGAUAACCAUAGAAAAGCUGCUGAGAUUGCCAGGGAGGACGGAAGGGUCAUUUUAACCUCUGGACUCCCAUAUCAGACACUGCAGUCCCAGGUAGGAGAAGGAAGAUGUUUCUCUGUGGACUGUUCGGAAAAAGCAACGGAGCAGGCCCUCCAGGUUCUGAAGCACUUCAAUGUUCAAGUAUCCCUUGCAGAUGUCUUCAGCCGUUGUCAGACCUUUACUGGAUUUGUGGGUAGCAAAGGAUCUGGGAUUGGUCCACUUCGCUCUUUUUGCCCUCAGUUGGAAACACGAUGUGGGCAAGGAUACAUAGAUGGACCAUCAGACACUCUUUGCAAGAAUUCUCCGACUCUGUGUGCCUGAAGGGCAUGUAUGCCCCCACAGUGGAACACAGAAUUC